CGGUGCGGCGCCGUGCGGUGUGNGCCCUGGCGCUCCUCGCGCUGCUCUGCGGCUGCUGNACCCCUCCGUCUGCGAGGCGACUGCGGCGGCAGGAGGCGGCGGCGCAAGCUGCUUUUCAGUUUGGUGGCGAGCCCCUCUCCGAUGCUUUGAACCGCGCGAAUUCCCCCGCUUCCCCGGGUGCCAACGGGGCCGUCGUGGGCCAUCGGACUGCUGCGCCUGUGCUGCAGAAUGACUCCCAGCGCCCUGAAAAAACGCUUUUUCAUGCUGCUGCCACUCCCUGCUGUACGAAGAACUGUGACAAUUGUGAAACUAAGAAAGUGUGUGUGCGUUGCCAUCCGGGUGUCCCUGGCCGGCCUCCCACGGAUGAAGAACCUCGUGAGGAGGAUGAGAGUGAGGAGAAUGAAAGCGCAAAACAUUCACGUGAAGUGGUGAGUGCUGGCAGUACAACUCCUCAUGGCGGCAGGAGUGAUAUUGUUGAAUUCCAAAAGAAGCGAAAUGCCUCAGCUUCCACCAUUACUACUGGAGUUGCGGGUGGCCCAAAGGACCCGCCGGCGCCUUGUGCUACCGGACUGCCUUCCGCUCCCGAGGAUGCCGCUUCGUGCCCACACGCCGGAGUUGGUGCCCCUCCUCGUUCCGGCAAAGAACAGCGCCCUACACCUUCUGGGCGUGUUGCGCAGCACAAUCCCGGCGCCCCUGCCUUUUCCCACUUGAGCGGCGACGGUGCCGGUGUUGUUGGCGGUAUCCCCGGCGCAGCUCCUGCGGGGCCAAAUCUAACACCCCCGCUCCCGGACGCCGGACAUCCGUCGCGUGAAGAGGCGGCGAGCAAAGAGGAUGCGGGCAGGACGGCUGAGCGCGGGAGCAACGCGGAUGCAGUCGAGCCAGGCGGUGCGCCGCACGCCGGUGGCCCCAACAACAGCGCAGACCGACGCGGUGAAAGCGGGGGCGCGCCUGCUGCCGCUGCAGGAACAGUUCCCUCGGCGCAAAAGAGCAACGUGGGUUCUGUUGGCAGCAGGGCGCCGACAGCGGAAGAGGCUGGGGCUGCGGCUCCCGUCUCUCAGGGGCAAAACAGUGUGUCGUCGGCGGAAUCAGCCGCUCCCGCUGCUCCCGCGCAAAAGGGGAGCCGCACAGAGGCAACGGAAGCGGCAGGCGCUGCUGUUCACGGCGGUGCGGCAGGGCAGGGCCGGGGAGCUGGUGCGGCGGGAGACGCCCCUGCAGACGCCGCGGCAGCAAAGAGCGCGGCAUCCGUCCCCGCCCACCACAAAAACAACAGCAACAGCAGCAGCAACAGCAGCGGGGGCGGUGGGAGUCUGCCGCAGAAGCGCAACGCCGAGGACGACGCUGUGCGUGGGUGCCGAGUGCUGCCGCUGCCGCUGCUUCUGCUGGGGCUGUGGGCGACGCCUCUUUUCUGA